UCACUCUCCAAGAAAAUCUGCUCCGUCAUAUCGCCACAGCAAUCGGAGCGGAAGCCAGCCACUACUGGCUCGGUCAAGACGGGAAUGACUAUGACUGAGAAGAUAUUGGCUAGGGCUUCUGAGAAACCCCAAUUGAGCCCAGGUGACAAUGUUUGGGUUAACAUUGAUGUUUUGAUGACCCAUGACGUGUGUGGCCCUGGUUCAUUUGGAAUCUUCAAGAAAGAGUUUGGACAGAAUGCAAAGGUUUGGGACAGAGAAAAGAUUGUAAUCAUACCUGACCAUUAUAUAUUUACUACUGAUGAGCGUGCAAACCGUAAUGUGGAUAUCUUGAGGGAAUUUUGCACAGAGCAGAACAUCAAGUACUUCUAUGAUAUCAAGGAUCUUGGUAACUUUAAGGCUAACCCAGAUUACAAGGGUGUAUGCCAUGUUGCUCUUGCUCAAGAAGGUCAUUGCAGGCCUGGAGAGGGUGCUAAAAUGAAGGUCAGAAAUCAACAAGGAGUCCGGUGA